AUGGUGUCGGCAAUGGGUACUUUUAUGGUUGAUACCUACGCUACUUCUUACUACAAGAAAUCACACUUGAACAAAGCUGGGCGCGAUGAAGAGAUGGUAGUUGAUGGGCAUGUUCAUGUCCACACGCAUGCCACCCAUGAUCAUGCCCAUGGAUCGAUACUUUUUGUAGGGGAUUCGGAUUCAUCUGAACUGCUUCGAUAUCGUGUUAUAUCACAGGUUUUGGAGUUGGAGAUUAUAGUCCACUCUGUAAUUAUUGGAAUUUCCUUGGGUGCUUCUGAAACUCCAAAAACCAUAAGGCCUCUUGUGGCUGCCUUGACAUUUCAUCAAUUUUUUGAGGGCAUGGGACUUGGUGGAUGCAUGGCUCAGGAGAACAACCCAACUGCUCUAAUCGUCGAGGGGGUUUUAAACGCAGCAUCAGCAGGGAUAUUGAUCUGUAUGGCACUUGUGGAUCUUCUCUCAGCUGAUUUUAUGAACCUAAGAAUGCAGAACAAUGGACAGCUUCAGUUAAAGGCUAAUGCUUCCCUCCUUUUUGGUGCUGGCUUCAUGUCUCUCUUGGCUAAAUGGGCUUGA